AUGAUACAGUGUGUAAAUGGCCUGGAAGGUGAGAAGGAUCCAGUUGCACAAGCAACUGAUGAUGUGACGACAAGCAACAGCAAAAUUUUAGAAACCAACAACGAAUUGUCUGCUGUAAGUAACAAUGAUGUUGCUACAACAAUCAGCAAUCCAGCAUCAAAUAGCCCUUCAGCAGCAAGUAUCAACAUUGCAACUGCUGUCACGACUUGCUCAAGCAAUUUUGUAAAUUCAAUCCCUCAAACUAGCCAAAAUUCGGUAUGUGACAAUGGCGGCACUAGUAUUAACAAUAUGGUUGGUAGUUGUACCAGCCAAACGAGUAGUGUUGAUACUAUUGUAAAAACAACUACCGUAAUCAGUAAUGCAGUUUCUUCGGACAAUAAUGCAAGCAAUACCAUAAUAACAACCAGUAAUGUCGCAUCUCUCAAUUCUUUAUCAACGACGACAUUUAGCAGUGCUUCACCUAUUACAACCCCUUUGGUAAAUGAAAAUGUUCCAGCAACCACUACGUGUACUAUUAAUAAUACAACGACAAAUAGCAAUAAUCCAAGCAAUAGUGAAACCAGCACUUCGCCAGUUAAUGAUUGCGAUUUAAGGGUUGACACCACCAUCGUGGAUUCAAAAGAACUUUCUAUUAAAAUUCAAGAUGCAUCAAGUGAACAAAGUACUUUGAGUAGUUCCACGACGCCUUUAGUUAGUGUUUCAAGUGAAUACAAUAGUGAAAACGAUCGAACAAAACCAAGUACAUUACAACAAAGUGUUACAAAAUGUGAUAUUCCUUUAGAAACAAAUAGCUCACGUCCUGUAGUAAGUAGUCCUUCUAUCAAUUACUCGAGUGGUUCGAAUAAAUUAGAUGUUCUGGUGUCAACUGAUAAUAGUGCGACGAAGGACAUACGAUCUAUCGAACAAAUACCAGAAGUUUUGCAAAAUGCCUUACCACAACCUGUGUCACCAGAAUUGAUAAAUGGAUCUCAGAGUUCUCCUCCAGUCCGCAAAAUGAGCACAGACUCCGAAUGUAGACUUGUAAUAGACGAAACACCAGUGUCUAAUUAUGACAAUGUAAUACAAAAUAAUUCGGUGGUGAUACCUAAAGUUUCAACGCCACACACGAUUUGGAGACCACCAACUCCUCAGCAUGAUUUGCACUUGAUGCAAAAUAGGAGUAAUAGUAAUCCGAGGACCUAUGUGUUGCCCCAAGAGACUGUCGUUAGAUCUGCUUCAUAUAAUAAUUUGACGCCUGUAACUUCAUCUUAUAGUGCUCCUAUGACUUCUUUGAAGAGGCCUUAUGAAGCUAUUGCUAGUAUGAAUGCAGAACAGCAAAAUAAAAUGCUGUACGCCCAGCCAACAAAUAAUACACAACAGAAGUACUCUCAGAAUAUGUAUCCGGUGAAUAAGCCACAGCAACAAAUUAACAGAACAAAUAUUCAACAACCAGAUAUGAAUGAUAAGCAGCAGCAAGUAAUGUAUAACAGCAACAUAAUUCAACAUUCUUACACGAAAUCUCCGCUUUCGUUAUCGUACCCGAAUCAAGGACAACAAAGUGCACCUCAACCGAGGAAUAUGCAACAUUCUAACUAUAUGAAUGAACAACAACUUACAGGUGUAACAAAUAUUAAUCGUAACAAUGUAAGUCCGGCAACCAACAACAGAACUCAACAGAUAAAUGUGCAUCAAAACCAAACUGUCGUUCAAGGCAGUCAACUUAGACAUGUUGAAUACAAUUCUCAAACCGUAGGGCAUAGGACUGAUCAAGCUAGUGCAAAUAAUUACCAUCAUAUAGCAAACAAUUAUCAUCAUAAUCCCCAGAUUCCUGUUUCCCAAACUGGUGCAAAUUAUGCUCAUCGAGUCGAUCGUUCACCUGCUCCUAACACUUCACAACCCAGUGGAUUUAAUCAAGCUCAUCAUGUCAGUCGAAUAGAUAACAUUAGUGCAAGAAGUGCAAUAAAUCAUCCUCAAAUGAAUAAUACAUAUGGAAAUAUGCACAGAGUGGAUCACUCGCCUGUCAAUAGUAAUUCUCACAUGGGUGCCCCCCAUGGGAUUAGAUCGAGUACUUCGAAUACUCAACAAAUGACAAGGCUAGAUUACCCGCAAACGAACAGAAUGAACCCAUCUCCGUCUCCGGUCGGCCAACAAUAUCCCCAAAUGCACUAUCAGCAACAAAUUAGUAGUGUCAAUACAUCAUCAGCUUCAAAUCGUGUUUUGAGUGGUAAUGUUCAAGUUUCAAAAGGUCGAUUGGAACAAUCGCCACAUCGAACAAUUGACUCACACUACAACCAACAAGUUACCAAUAUGCAUGGUAGUACUUCGCAAAGUCCUCAUAAUUUGGUAAGGCCUGGUCCUACCACGAUCAGUCCUUCACAAAAUGUUAACACAAACUAUAUUCCGACAAGUAUAAAUAAUUCUCAAUUGCGUACAAACUACAAAGAACAAACUGUAAUGGGACAACCCCAGCGAAUGGUUGCGGAAAAUCAUCAUAAUGCCCAGGGCACGGUUAUGAAUCGAUUACCAAUGACCAAUAUUAAUCGUUCUCAGAGAACGCCGGAGUUAGUAAAUAAUUCUCAUACUUAUUAUUUGGAUCCUCAAGAACAAGUUAAUUAUUCACAAAAACCUGCUGAACUAAGAGAUCAUCCAUCCCUUGAUCAGCAACGACAAUUUUCUACCUUGAACUCUCAACCUCAAAGAUUUGCCGAAGGGCAAAUUAGUGGUGUAAAUCAGCCUAUGGUGAUAAGAAAAGCUCCUUCCAGUGGCGGAGUGGCGACAGAAUUGCAUGUGGAGCAGUUGGCAAGGCCUGCGUCUUUGGAGUCGGACAGGAGCACGCCUAGGAGCAUGCAUUCGCAGAACACUGUGAUUGGUUCAUCUACGAAUAAUGUCUCGAGGGCGGCCUACCCUCCACAGCAGGCUCAGCAACCGCCGACGUCGAUGGUUCCAUCUCAUUACAACCAUCAGAAGUCUAUUACGGGUCAACCUCAGCCAAGAUAUGCUCCGCCACAAUCUCAAACUUCAUACAACAAUCUUCAACAGCAACAUCAACAACAACAACAACAACAAUAUAAACUGCAGCAACCGCAAUACAGAGCAAAGACUCCCGAUCAGCAGCAGGCACAAUACCAGUAUCAACAAGCUUCUUAUAAAACAAAAAUUGUUGAACCCACUGUACAACAUGCUCAAUAUCAUCAGGGAUAUAAAACCAAAACACCGGAGCAGUUGAAGCAGCCUCAACAACAACGGACGACACAAUAUCAUGGUACAGGACAGGUGGUGUAUAAGACUAAAACAUUGGAGCAACCAGUGCAACAACCACAAUAUCAACAUCAACAGCAGCAACCUACGUAUAAAACAAAAACACCUGAACAAAUUACGCAGUAUCAACAAUACAAAACGAAAGCACCAGAACAUCGAGUGAACCAGCAACAAACGGCUUAUCAUCAUCAGCAGCAGUUGACGCCUCAGCAAUAUCAAUACCAACAACAACAACAACAACAACAACCGGUUCAAGGAAAUAAAGUUACAGGAGUCAAAACUGUUUAUCCUAGUGUUGGAAGUUAUCCUCAGCAACCGCAGAAAGUUGUCGUCAACCAGCCUGGACAAAGUGGUGCUUUUGCUAAAUAUCCUCAACAACCUUCACAACAACAGCAGUUGUAUCAACAGCAACAACCAGGUAGAAAACCCAAAACAAUGAUGAACAGAAGUAGGCCUACUACGCCUGUGCAGCAGCAACAUAUAUCGACUCUACCUGUUCCACAGGGUGUGCCGAGAUUUAGCACUCCAACUCUGCAACAAAAUCAACAGCAAAGGGUCAUUGUAAAUCAACAGCAACAACAAGUCACUCCGCAACAGCACGGAGCCUUAUUGAAAUGCAAUAGUGUCACCAGCAACACAAUAGCAAUGGCAAACAAAAGGGAAUCACCUUUAGAUUUGUCUGUUAAAACUGUUCGGACAUCGGCUGAUUCAACAGCUAAAGAUGAUUCAAACAGCAACAACAGUGAUCAUCAGCAAUACUUUCAGCUUCAGCAGAACGCUUCUGUAGAUGCAUACAAAAAGUAUGUACCCAGGCUUCCAGUUUCCCAGAGAUUGCCGACGGCGACUCAAGUGCCUCAGCAGUUGCCAAUGAUGAAUCCUGCGUCGCACAAAGUUGAUUUUUUACCAAAAUUCAAUGUGUCUACGUUAAAACAUACAGAAUAUGCAAGUUCGAGCAGGUUGCCGCAGCAGAAUCAACAGUUUGUGAGACAACCUUUGCAACAACAACAACAUGUACCAAAUAGACAACAAUAUAGUACUGCUCCUGCCACUCACCAUGAACAACAUAAUUUGAAUCAGCAGCAUAACUUUAGUCAGCAUAGAAAAAGAUUACCGGUUAUUGAAACUGCGCAAGUGCAUCAACAACCUGGCAAAAUCCCAAAAAUGGAAAAUCAAUCGGUCGUCAACAAUAGACAGCCUCUUGUGAACAAUCAAAGGCAGCCGACUCAUGUGAUUAGUAGUAACCCUCAGCAGCAUCCGGAUUAUGCACAUUACAGAUUGCCACCUACUUCUAGUGUGUACAAUGUCGACGAAGAUCGUUAUAUGAACUAUGCUUUGACGCCAUUGUUGCAACAAAAUAAUAUUCCACCAAAACAGUCUCCACAACAGCAACAGCCUAUACCCGGAAAAUUAUUACAACAACAGCAAGGAGCGGAUAAAAGAAUAUUAGAUUUGUUGAGGAGCAGUCUUGAGAGCAAAGAGGCCGAACGUGCACGAUUGGACAAAGAAUUGAGAGCCAUAGAAAGCAACAAGUUGCUGCAGCAGCAAGAGAAAUUACAACUGCAACAGCAGCAAUUGGACAAUACAAAGUCGACUUAUAAACUGCAAAUGCCAAGAGCCGUGGACUCGAUCAAAUUUGAAGUCGACGAGAAUCAACACCAACAAAAUGUGAUGCACCAAACAAAA